AAUAGGUUUUAAGUAGAAGACCACUAUCCAUUGAACAACAAGGUCAUAGAAAUGAAGGACAUAUCUCUCCGGAAACGCUACGUCCCUUUCCCUAAUAACGGCAAAUUAAUCCCAAAACUUCGCACCAUUUUUAUUGUCAAGAGCUUUCUAAUUAUUAUUUGCUUAGUCGCCUCAGUAUCUCUAAUCUCCUAUGCUUACAAUGCUGUUGUGGUUACAAAUAAACUAGUAGUAGAAAAUAUCAGCAAAGAAGAAGCAGAAGAAACAAACAUAUCCCAUAUUCUGUUUGGCAUUGGAGGGUCGGCUAAAACAUGGAACAAUCGCUCGCGUUACUCUGAGCUCUGGUGGAGACCAAAAGUAACGCGAGGGUUCGUGUGGCUCGAUGAAAAUCCCCAAGUAAACGAGCCAUGGCCGGAUACUUUCCCAUCCUAUAGGAUUUCCCAAGACACUUCCACAUUCAAAUAUACAUGUUGGUUCGGUGACAGAUCAGCUGUGAGAAUAGCAAGGAUUGUAAAGGAGAGCUUUGAACUAGGUUUAAACAAUGUGAGGUGGUUUGUAAUGGGAGAUGACGAUACAGUGUUUUUUCCAGAGAAUUUGGUGACAGUUUUGGCUAAAUAUGAUCACAACCAAAUGUAUUACAUUGGUGGGAAUUCCGAAAGUGUGGAGAUAAACGUAUUUGGUUCAUACAGCAUGGCAUUCGGCGGUGGCGGCAUUGCUAUUAGCUAUCCUCUCGCGGCGGAGCUCGCGAAGAUUUUAGAUGGUUGCAUUAAUCGCUACCAUUACCUGUUCGCUUCUGAUCAAAAGAUUGGUAGUUGUGUGGCUGAGAUCGGCGUUUCUCUCACGAAAGAACUCGGUUUCCAUCAGAUGGAUAUACAAGGAAGUCCACGAGGUCUUUUGGCAGCACAUCCUGUGGCGCCUCUAGUCUCAAUGCACCAUCUAGACGUGUAUAUGUUAAAUUCAUUGAUUCCUUCAUUGAGCCGAUUUGAGUCAGUGAAGAAGGUGAUUAAGGCUUAUAAUAAGGACCCAAGUCGGACGUUGCAACAUAGUUUGUGCUAUGACCUAAAGAGAAACUGGUCAUUGUCAGUGUCUUGGGGAUUCUCAAUUCAGUUAUAUCCAUGGCUGAUGAAUGCAAGGGAAUUGGAGAUGCCAAUGCAGACGUUCAAGACAUGGAAAGGGUCUGAAGAACCAUUCACAUUCAAUACACGGCCAAACAAUGUAGAACCGUGCAAGAGUCCUAUAGAGUAUUACUUGGAUCAAGUUGUUGACCUUCCCAAUGGUGAAACCUUGACCAGUUAUAGUAUCAUUGCCGAUAGUAACAAGCAAUGCGAGAACCAAAAUUAUAGACCAGCAUUAGCAGUUCGUAUGGUUAAUGUCACAGCUACCAUUCUACGUCCCCAAGUUUGGAGACAGGCACCACGACGACAAUGUUGUGAAGUAAUCAAUGAAGAAGAUAGUAUUGAGAGCAACUUACAUAUCAGAAUUAGAGGUUGCAAUAAGUGGGAAUCAGUAACACCGCCCUUUUACGACAAGUAUGGAGACUUUGCUUAUUUUCAGAGAAUGGUUCGAUGAAUGAAAAGUGAAACUUUUCAGUGGCUAUCUGGGAGAGAAAAUUGAAAUCCUUACUAACCAAUUGUAU